GGAAACACUAGUAGCGGCCCCUUACUUGGAGUGGUUCGUCGUGCUAGUGCCUUCCAACUCCAGUUAAAUCACUUUCUAGGGGAACGAUGUCAGCAUUGGUUCAAUUGUGAUCACACAACACACGGAAAACGAUCAUCGAAGAAAGGGAUCCUUCAAGAAGAACACGGGUUAACAUGAACACCCUUCAAGACUCGUCAUCAGAGUCAUCCGAUGCUCUGUCCACCUCGCCAUCUCCUCUCUUGUCAAGCAGUGGGGUUUCUGGAGGUGAAGGUCGCCAGCUUCCCAGCAUACCUAAUCCCAACAGACUCACAAACAACAUGGAUGCAGCUGUCAAACCUUCAAGCAAACAAGUUCCUCCCAUUCGAGGCACAUGUGGAUAUGGGCCUUUUCUACAGGAGUACUCAAUGAUGGCAGAGUACAAUCAGCUGCUUAAACAGAAACUGCCAGGCAUGUAUGUCAUGCCUUCUGCUAAAUACCGUUUCCUGUGGAAUGGUGUACUAUUUCUUCGAGAAAAACUUUAUGCUGGAGGAGCCUUGAGGUUUACCAUGACUAUUCCAGACAACUAUCCUGAUGGUGAUUGUCCGGAUUUCGUGUUUGAAUUUCCCAUCUUCCAUCCAUUAGUUGAUCCAAUUACUGGACGAGUUGAUGUCAAGCGGGCAUUUCCAAAAUGGAGGCGAAAUGUAGAUCACCUUUGGCAAGUGCUGAUGUAUGCAAGAAAAAUUUUCUACAAGAUUGAGACAAAAGCACCACUCAAUAUUGAAGCAGCAACAUUGUAUGAACAGAAUCUUGACAAGUUCAAACAGCAUGUGAAUGACUCCAUCAAGGCUGCCAAGCAACGUCUCAUGCAGUCGCCAAGUUCAGAUGAUCCUUUUGCCCUCAGGUUUAGUCCUUGGACACAGCCAGUACACGGUGAGGCACGUCAAGAAAUGCUCAAGUCAAAGGUACAUAAGCAUGCAGGAAUGUCAUAGCAGGGAGCCUUCAGCUAAUCCAUGUGAUUUGGGCUUGUCAUGGAUGAAGCCAGGUUGCACCCAGGUCUUUGCCUAUGAUGAUUUUGGAUCAACAUGACUGACCAACAGGACUGGGCUCUGGAAGAAUCUGUGAUGUUGCUGUGAUUAUUAACAUAUCUGUCCCAAGAAUGAAGCAAAAUAAGAGUGAGCCUACUUCAGUCCUGCUGGAGCUGACUCCAUGCUCUACGUUGGCAUAUCUCUGAAAAUAAGUCUUUAUGAAAAGAAGUGAUGAGGAAGACUUUCCUGUGACGUCUAGUUUUUUUCAAGACCAAGAUGUAAACUUAAGGGCAGCAUCUCUGUUGCAGUGUUAAUUUUACUUUUCUUUCACCAUUUUAUCUUGUGGUGUCAUAAGUAAAUAUUUUGUCAGCUCAGAGCAAUGUAAAUCACAAGUAUACGUCCUAAGUUUAUUGCCUACAGCCAGAAAGCAGACUGUGUUUGUCAAAACAGACUAUCCACCAUAUCAGCACCUAUUAAUCACUUGCAGUCAAUAAAGAUCUACCAAGUUUUAUGGAGAUAUCUGUAAAGUGCCUUGUGCUGGUCCAUUAAUCACCUAGUUACAAGCUAGGCAAGAUGAAUGGCUAGCAGACUGAGGUGCAUGUCACAUUGCGGUCUUGAGUUCACAUAUAUGUACGGCUGUCUCAACUCUUAAGGAUGUAAACCCUGACAGUGAGUUUUGUCUUGUGUAUUGGAUGCUCCAACAGUCACAGCCGGCAGCAAUCGUGCAACAGUGCAAGGGACUGUUGUUAUGAAGUGAGAAUAAAUUGUUUUCCAAAGGCAAAAUCGGGAACUCAAGAAAAAACAUCUUGUUUUCAUAGUCACAAUGUGAUGCCCAAACCCUGCAGACAAUAUUUCAUGUUUCUUGACCCUGAGGGCAUCUUUGCCACCACUUUAUAACUAUAGCUCCUGAGGUAAAAGAAAAUUUAGUCUGUCACCACUUGAUAACCUAGGAAACAUAGUUGUUGUUCUUAAGGUCCUCAUGUUUUCCCACGGCAACGACUACCUUCGCUUUAUAACUAACAGUCAGAUAAACAGGCCUGUUGAUGCUGCUUGGUACUUCCUGCCAGCAUGAUCCAGAUAUGUCAGAUUUGUUUGACUAGCUGCACCCUGCACUUGCUUGUCAUUCUGAUUUCAUUAUCCAACAGCCAAAUGUUUACGUAUUUAAUAUUAUGCUGUAUGGUUAUAGGUUUUUUCAAAAUUCACAUUGUCUUAAAUUCUGCUAGCCUUGCUUUCUAGUUUGUGUAUUGCUUGAGGGGUUUUUUGGUAGGGUGGAGGGGAUCCCAGAGGAAAAGAUUGACUUUUGUGUCGUUAAGCUGUGGAAGUGCUUUCUGUUGCCUGUAAACCUGAAGAUGUAGGAGAGAGAUGUUUACAAGUAAGCCUGAAGCUGCUAGAGAGCAGGUGCCAAGGAUGACUGGAUACAGUGAUCACCAAGGUGCUGUUCACUGCAAUUUUUUUAUGUUUUCUUUAAAAUUACUUCCUCUUUUUUUAAUGUGUUUCUAAAUGCAGCUUCUUGAAGAAGAAAUUUGGUUGUGUUUGAAAUUUACUCAGGUUUUAUAGUUUUCUUGCAUAUUUAGUGACAUAAAUUUGUUUGCUAGCAUGUACAAAUCAGUCUACUAAUGCCUUGACCGAUGAACAUGAACAUUGAAGAACUAGCUCUGAGUGAGAGAGAGAAAGAGUGCAUGUGUGUGUUGUUUGGGGAGAUUUAUGUUGAAUUCGCUUACACAUUUGAUUAUUGUGGCCAAGAUUGAUGGCAAACUUCAUAGUUAUAUUAAGCUUCAGGCUAUUUUUUGUCAUUUGUACAUGCACAUCUAAGGCAGUACUUGUGUAGACUGGUAAGUGGUAUGUUGAGAGGCAGGCCUUUCUGUCUGUGCAAGUGUUUUGUAGCUGGGACAUUUGUGCAUGGUGUGUCUAAAUAUGCAUGGACACCAACACUUCUCAAACAUUAAUCUGAACAGCUGCCAGUUAACACUAUACAUGUAUUUGCAUAAUCAAUGUGCUGUUGGCAUAGUGAGCUACUGGAGUUGCCUUGCUGUUAGUGAAUACUGGGUCAUCUGGGUUUUUGACUGAAUGCUAGUGGUCAUUAAGCUUGCACUUUGAUGUCCACAAACACAAUAUACCAUCAGUGUUCAUUGAUGUCAGCAAACACGGUGUGUUGUCAGACAUGUUCUUUGAUAUCAGCAAACCCUGUGUGUCAUCAGACACGUUCUUUGAUUUCAGUAAAGGCUGUGGGUCAUUAAAUUUAUCCUGACAAUGAACACUGUGGGUCAUCAAACAUGUUCUUGUUUAGGUUUCAGUGACAACGAGCUAACUUGGCAACCUAUAAAUUCAUGGAGCUUGUUGAUUAUUUUGAAUACUCCACUGUUUCUGUGGAGGUAUAUCAAAGAAUUGAUAUGACGACAAAGAUAAACAGUAAUUUGAACCAAAGUCAAAGAAGAAUGCAGUGAUCUUAUGUGUAUCAUACAGCACGUGGUACAUGUACUGCAGUCCAUUACUUUCUCCUGUUUGCUGAGCUCACCUUAUAUAACAUGACAGAAAUGCUUUGUAAAUUGAUGUCCCGUAACAGAUGUUUUGAGACAAAAGAUAUUAAAAUGUUUUUUAGUGAAAGGAUGGAUAACCCUUGUCCUUAGAAAA